UAGAAGGUAAUUGCAAAAAAAUCCAAAACCCAAUUCGCUCCAGUGUCUCAGUAUUUUUGGAUAUAGCUGUCUUUAAAAAAAACCCACCACCAACCCAUCUCUCUAGAUCAGAUCCAAGCCAACAAGUGGAUUUUAUUUGUAUUUUUUUUUUCACCCCACCACCCACUGGGGUGGGAAUAAAAAGUGUGUGUGUGGGGGGGGAGGGAAAGGCAGCGAUCUCCGUGGCGGGGGCUGAUUAUGGAAGAGCAGCCGGACAGUAAAAGUCACCGAGACUCUGCUACAACAACUACCACCACCAGCAGCAGCAGCAGCGAUGGAGAAAGCGUCCCCGUCUCCCCCAGCCACGCGCCUUCCUCGCCUGCAGCGCCCUGCAUCCUGCCCAUGCCCCACCACCACCAGCCGCAGCCGCAGCAGCACCGCACCACCAACUUUUUCAUUGACAACAUCUUGAGGCCGGACUUUGGCUGCAAGAAAGAGACGCUCCUGAUCGUCGGCGGAGCAGCAGCAGCAGCAGGAGGAGGUGGUGGAGGCGGCGGCGGCCGGGACAGAGACCGAGAUCGCGGUCAGACAUCAGGUAGAGAAAACGUCAACCCACUGAUAACGAGGCCAUCCAACCCGUCCUCUCUCCUUUGCCCGGAUUCAAACUGUAACCCCGACAGCUCCUCCUCGGCGCCUCCUGCUGCAGCUGCUGCCUCUAAAGCGAACCCCGCCGCGGCAGCAGCAGUAGCAGCAGCGGUAGCGGCAGCCAAGCCACCCUCCGAAGGGAGUGGAACUAACCCGGCGAAGUAUGGGGAACACGCCAACCCCGCCAUCCUGCUCAUGGGCUCUAAUAAUGGAGGACCUGUUGUAAAGAGCGAUUCUCAACAGCCUCUAGUAUGGCCUGCCUGGGUUUACUGCACUAGGUAUUCAGACAGACCAUCUUCGGGUCCGCGGACCCGGAAACUGAAGAAGAAGAAGAACGAGAAGGAGGACAAGCGGCCUAGAACAGCCUUCACUGCCGAGCAGCUGCAGAGACUCAAGGCGGAGUUCCAGGCCAACCGCUACAUCACGGAGCAGAGGCGGCAGACCCUGGCCCAGGAACUCAGUCUGAACGAAUCCCAGAUCAAGAUCUGGUUCCAGAACAAGCGGGCCAAAAUCAAGAAAGCCACGGGCAUCAAGAACGGCCUGGCUCUUCAUCUCAUGGCCCAGGGACUGUACAACCAUUCCACGACCACGGUGCAGGACAAAGAGGAGAGCGAAUAAUCAGCACCCCCCCCCCAGCCCGCAUUGAUUAUUAUUAAUUAUUAUUAUUAUUAUUGCCAGGAAAGGAAAAUAAAAUAAAAAGGACUUAACAGUGGAAAGUGACAUACUGAAGGGGACUUUGGACAGGUGCUAUUUAAAAUCAAAUCUAUUGUCUAUCCAUAGUAUAAGGACUCCAAUUAAAAAAAAAAAAACCCGAACACUUACAAAAAUUAUCUCUAUAUAGCCAAACAUCAUAUGACCUUGUAUAUAUUUAAUUUCAGGUAAGAAAUAUGUGUAGCGAUCUCCAUUUGCUGGACAGUUUCUCUUCCUCUCUGUCUCUUUUGUUUGUUUAUUUUUUGUUUGUUUUCUUUUUCUGACGUCGUUGCCUCUUGUUUUUAAGUAAAUGUCUGACUCUCGAAUUUUUCUUUUAUUUUUCGUGUGAAUUUCCGUCUCCCCUCUCCCCCCCCGAAGAAUUGGAUCCACUGACUGCGAGCCUGAA